CCCGCAUCCAUCUACCCGCCCCUUGUUCCUCCCCUCCUCCCCAUCUACUCUUCUCUGCUCCCCAUCUCUCUAUCUCUCCCAAUCGUCUUGCUCUUUCCUCUCAUCUCUGUUCUCUUCACCCCUCCAUUCCUGUACACAAUGCUCCGUACCCUCGCUCUCGCCGUCCUCGCCGCCACCGCCGCCGCCCAGGCGUCCUUCUCCAUCACCACUCCUCCCGCGCUCGUUGCCUGCCAGCCGUCGAGAGUCUCGUGGACGGGUGGCGUCCCCCCUUACAUCCUCUCAAUCAUCCCCGGCGGCCAGCCCGGCGCUGCGGCUCUCAAGGACCUUGACACAAACCUCAACGUCAUGCAGUACACCUGGAACACUGACGUUGUCGGCGGCACCCACCUGACCUUUAAGAUUGUUGACAAGAACGGCGACAUCGCCUACUCUGCGCCCAUCACUGUCCAGGCUGGCUCUUCGGACGACUGCCUCAAGCCCGGCGCCUCCAAGCCGCCCCAGCCCUCGUCGCCCGCCGCCACGGGCGGUCAGCCCGCUGGUUCGGGCUCCGCCGCGGCCUCUGGCUCCGGCUCCGCCUCGGCCGCUUCGGCUUCCAGGCCCGCCGCCUCCGCUACGCCUUCCGGCUCGGCUGCGUUUGCCCCUGCCGCCCCGGUCGCUGCCGUUGUCGCCGUCGCCGGCGCUGCCCUCCUCUUCUAAUUGCUUCUUCUUCAUGACCCGGCGCCGGUCAUUGCUUAACUCUUAUAGCCCAUCCCUAAUACAACUCUUCCGUGUUCGGUUAUGAGAAACGAUGCAUUACGUGAAGCGAG